AGUAUAUUUUAAGAUUCCGUACGUUAAGCACCCUCUUAAAUGGUGUUAGAGUAGUUUACUCCAUCUGCAAUCAUUUUAAUAAUGCAUAGUGAAUGUUGACAAUAUAAAGUAAAUGCAGGAUAGUGAGAUUUCAGUGUUUUAGAAAACUCAUUCCGGUUGGAAGGCCAUGGCGCUUAUAAGGUUCAAUCGACCUAGUGUUUUUAGAAGUUUGUCCCCCUGCCUGUAUUCAAGUUCAUCCAGUGAUUCAUCUUCAUCACUGCGGGGUCCUAGCUAUUAUCAUAAUGUCGGAAAAGAACCUCUUGUUUAUCGGAGCAUAGGCCAACAAUUGGAACUGACAGCACAAAGCUAUCCAGAUCGUGAAGGAAUCGUUUCGAUAUAUGAGAAUAAUCGUUUAACUUUUGGAAGUAUCUUGGAACAAUGCAACAGACUUGCAGCAAGUUUCAAAAGGUUAGGGCUGGAAAGAGGGGACAGAGUAGGAAUUUGGGCACCAAAUUACGCAUUUUGGUAUAUAACUAUGCUUGCAUCUUCUCGAGCUGGUCUGAUUUCAGUAGGCAUAAAUCCAGCUUUCCAAACUUCGGAAAUCGAAUACUGUAUAAACAAGGUGAAUUUAAAUGCCAUCGUGGCACCAGACGUGUUUAAGACGACACAUUAUUAUGACAUAUUGAAAACUGUUUGUCCUGAAAUCGGAGAUUGUGAGCCAGGCAAAUUGGCAAGCAGAACGGCACCAAGUUUGAAAUCGGUUAUCAUCCAUUCAAAAGACAAGUUCCCAGGUGCUUUCCAGUAUGAAGACAUCUUCAACUAUGCCACCGAAGAUGCAAUCACGCAAAUACAGAACAGUCAACGAGAUAUUCAACCCGAUUGGCCUUGUAAUAUACAGUUUACAUCUGGUACAACAGGUCAGCCAAAAGCGACUGUGAUAAGCCACUUUAGUUUACUCAACAACGGUAUUCAUGCUGCCCAGAGAAAUGAAUUAAAUACAAAGCACCACAAAAUUUGUGUUCAGGUCCCUUUUUUCCACACAUAUGGAGUAACAGUGGGGAUCGUUGCGGGUAUGAUAUACGGCUCAACUCUAGUUCUACCAUCAGCAUACUUUAGCCCGAAAGCCAGUAUUGCAGCAAUUAACGAGGAAAGAUGCACCGUCACUUAUGGUACACCGACAAUGUAUGUUGACCUUAUCAAAAAGGUGAUUGACUCGAACGCAAUAUUGACUACACCAGAGAUCGCUGUGACCGGGGGAGCUUCAUGUUCACCGAAAUUACUUGAAAACAUCAAGCAUUAUCUGAAAAUGAAGAAAGUGAAAAACGCUUUUGGGCAAACUGAGGCGACGUCAGUACUGAGCCAAAGUCUUCCGGAUGAAACCGAGGAUCAUGUCCUUCACACAGUUGGCCACGUCACCGAUCAUGUAGAAGUUAAAGUGAUUGAUAAGGACGGUAACGUCGUCCCAUUCGGUGAACCUGGGGAACUUUGCUGUCGAGGAUAUUUGAACUGUUUGGGAUACUAUGGAGACGAGGAGAAAACAAAAGAACUGAUUUCCCCAGAUGGUUGGCUAAGAACGGGCGAUCAAUUCAUCCUGCAAGAAGAUGGUUAUGGAAGGAUUGUUGGACGACUAAAAGAAAUGGUGAUCAGAGGCGGAGAAAAUAUAUUUCCAAAGGAGAUCGAGGACUUUCUCAACACACACCCUGAUAUCGUAGAAAGUCAUGUCAUUGGUGUUCCCGACGAACGUAUGGGAGAGGAACUUUGUGCAUUUAUUAGCCUCAAAGAUGGCAAACCACAUCUGACGCAUGACGAUCUUAAGGAAUUUGGUGCAGGAAAGAUAGCUCAUUUCAAAAUACCACGACACAUACGUGUAGUCCAUGACUUUCCGAAAACAGUAUCAGGAAAAAUUCAAAAGUUUAAACUUGUACAACAAUAUAAGGACAGCCAGGACGAAAAAUAAGGAGGAGUGCAUAAUAAAAUUAUUGUAAGCCUUAAAAAUAAAUGAUUUUAUUAAUUACGC